UCCUCUUCCAGAUCACCCAUACCCUCCUCUCUAUACACCUCUUCCUGCUCUCUCACCCUCCCUCCCCACUGUGGCCCCUGUGGAGGUGGAGGAAGAGGGCGGGGGCUAAGGCGGAUCCCCUCCCUCCAACCUGACCUGGGACAGUUUCCUUUCCACUGCCACUUUUGCCUAAGCAACCAAGGAAGAAGCAGCAGCAGUUGGGGGAAGCACAGCUGGAGCUCGGGCAUGCGGGUGCCCUGGCCACUCACCUGGGCCGUGCUGCAGCUGGGCUGGUGGCCCGGGUGGCUUCUAGAGUCCCUGGAAAGACCCUGGAGACCCCUCAUCUUCUCCCCAGCCCAGCUCAGAGUGUCUGAAGGAACUGAUGCCACCUUCACCUGCAGCUUCUCCAACUGGUCUGAGCACCUAGUGUUGAACUGGUACCGCUUGGACCCCAACAACCAGACGAUGAAGCUGGCUGCCUUCUUGAAUGGCCACAGCCAGCCUGGCCCAGACCCCCGCUUCCAGGUGUCACAGCUGCCCAGCAGGCAGGACUUUCGCAUGAGCAUCCUUGCUGUCCGGCGCAACGACAGCGGUGUCUACUUGUGUGGGGCCAUCUCCCUGCCCCCAAAGGCGCACAUUAAGGAAAGCCCAGGCGCAGAGCUCACAGUGACAGAGAGAGUUGCGGAGCCCCCCACAUUGCACCCCAGUCCUGCACCUGGACCAGGAGGCCAGUUUCAAGGCCUAGUCGUUGGUGUCACAAGUGUCCUGGUGGGUGUCCCAGUGCUGUUGCUGCUUGCCUGGGUUCUGGCUGCUAUCUACUCCAGGAACAUGCCAAAGGCAAGAAGAACUGAAAGCCAGGAGCAGCCCCUGAAGGCAGACCAUUCAGCAGUGCCUGUCUUCACUGUGGCCUAUGGGGAGCUAGACUUCCAGUGGAGAGAGAAGACCCCGGAGCCCCCUGCCUCUGCUUCCUGUGUGCACACAGAGUAUGCCACUGUUGUCUUCCCUGCUGGGCCAGGCGACUCAGCCCAUCACAGGAGAUCUGCUGAUGGCCCUCAGGAUCCUCAGCCCCUGAGGCAUGAGGAAGGACACUGCUCCUGGCCCCUCUGACCAGCCUCCUCAGCCAGCAGUGUCCUGCAGAGCAUCUGAGAGCCCAGGGUCACCUCCUCUCCUUGGGGACACAUGCAGGAUACAGAGAAGCACGCUCCGCAGAGAGGAUGCUCUCGGGAGCACUCACAGCAAGCUGGGAGCAGCAGAUGUCCUGUGUCCUGACACCAAGGGCUGAACCCAGACACAGCCCCAUGUUUCAAGGAGUAAAACUGGCUGGAGCCCAGCUCUCCUGAGUUAUUCACUGUGUACAGCCAGGGGCUUGAGCCACUGCAGCCCUG